UGGAUUUUUUUCACUAGGGAGAGAGAGAGAGAGAGAGAGAGAGAGAGAGAGUUCAGCUAGUGGAUAACGCUGAAGCGUUGAACUAACCCGAAAACAAAACAGAAAGAAAAGAAAGACUGAAGCUUUGAAAAGACGGCAAAAAAAAUGGUACCGGUUCUUCAAGCAUCACCAGUGCUCCUUCAAUGUUAUUCCUCUUCUCCUCCCAAUCCCAGGGGAAUGGGAGGAAAAAUGAUGUUCAAGUGCUCUUCUGAGCACACUAUAUCAAGUAAGCUUGUGACCAAACAUGUAAUAUCUGGGAUUGCCGCUUCCUUAAUAUUUCUCUCUCAGCCAAACCAGGUUAUUGCUGCAAAUCCAUCUCAUCAACCCAAUAUAUGCCAGCUUGCUAGUGCCCCAGAUGGUACAGUAACUUUUCCACUUGCUGAGGGUUCGGAUGAAAGAAGUGGGAAGCUAAUGAUGAUGAGAGCUAUGACAGCCAAGGAUUUUGACCCCAUUAAAUAUUCUGGAAGAUGGUUUGAAGUUGCCUCACUUAAACGUGGAUUUGCUGGACUAGGUCAGGAAGACUGUCAUUGUACUCAGGGUGUAUAUACGUUUGAUUUGGAGACACCCUCUAUCCAGGUUGAUACCUUUUGUGUUCACGGGGGCCCCAAUGGAAAUAUGACUGGCAUUAGGGGAAAGGUUCAAUGCCUUUCAGAGGAAGAUUUGGAGAAAAAUGAGAGUCAGCUAGAAAGGCAGGAGAUGAUAAAAGAGAAAUGUUAUCUUCGAUUUCCAACACUACCGUUUAUCCCCAAGGAGCCUUAUGACGUGAUUGCUACAGAUUAUGACAAUUUUUCUCUUGUUUCAGGAGCAAAAGACAGAAGUUUUAUUCAGAUCUACUCAAGGACACCUGACCCAGGACCUGAAUUCAUAGAGAAGUACAAAGCUUAUCUGGCAAACAUUGGGUAUGAUCCAAGCAAAAUUAAAGAUACUCCACAAGACUGUGAAGUAAUGCCAAAUAAUCGGUUAGCUGCAAUGUUGUCUGGAAUGCAACAGACUCUAACGAACCAAUUUCCUGAGCUAGAAUUGAAGGCCCCUGUCGAAAUUAAUCCCUUUUCAAGUGUAUCUGAUACUUUGAAGAAGCUCUUAGAGCUUUAUUUUAAGUAGUUAUUGUCCAAUAGAUUGUGGUGUGGUUUCCUUACUUACAUAUAUAGAGCAACAGAAUAUGCCAGAUUAUUUUGCUUAUGAAUGGCAACUGUACAUUGCAUUUUUUUUUUCCAUAGCUAAUUGGCAAAUACAUUAUAGAGACGUCUACAGUGAUGAGAGAAUGGAUUUAUGAUCA